GUGUCGGUCAAAGUCGAGGCAGAGGGCGCGGACGGUCUGAAUGAGCUUUGCUUCAGUGUGCGUGUGGCUACCCCGCUCGGCAAGAUGAUGAAGGCCUGGUGCGAUCACCACCAAGUCCCGGCCGACGAGGCAGCCUUCCUGUUGGGCGAGAAGGUCUUGAAACCUGAGGAUACGUUAGAAAGCCUCAGCUGCGGCACGGAUGGAGUGGUCUUCCGCGCU